GUGGGCUGUAACCCCAAUGAGGAUGUAGCCAUCUUUGCUGUGGACUCACUGAGGCAACUCUCCAUGAAGUUCUUGGAGAAAGGAGAGCUGGCCAACUUCCGCUUCCAGAAAGACUUCCUCAGGCCCUUUGAGCACAUCAUGAAGAAGAACAGGUCCCCCACUAUCAGAGACAUGGUGAUCAGGUGUGUGGCUCAGAUGGUUAACUCCCAGGCGGCCAACAUCCGUUCAGGUUGGAAGAACAUCUUCUCAGUGUUUCACCAGGCAGCCUCCGACCACGAUGAGACCAUCGUGGAGCUGGCCUUCCAGACCACUGGGCACAUUGUCAUGAACACCUUCCAGGAGCACUUUGCAGCUGCUAUCGAUUCGUUCCAAGAUGCAGUGAAGUGCCUGUCGGAGUUUGUCUGCAACGCAGCUUUUCCUGACACCAGCAUGGAGGCCAUCAGACUCAUACGACACUGCGCUAAAUACGUCUCAGAAAGGCCACAGGCCCUGAGGGAAUACACCAGUGAUGACAUGAAUGUGGCCCCUGGUGAUCGGGUGUGGGUCCGCGGCUGGUUUCCCAUUCUGUUCGAGCUCUCUUGUAUCAUCAACCGCUGCCAGCUGGAUGUCCGGACCAGAGGUCUCACGGUCAUGUUCGAGAUCAUGAAGAGCUACGGUCACACCUUCGAGAAGCAUUGGUGGCACGACCUCUUCAGAAUCGUCUUCCGCAUCUUUGACAACAUGAAGCUCCCCGAGCAGCAGACAGAGAAAACUGAGUGGAUGACGACGACAUGUAACCACGCUCUGUAUGCCAUCUGUGACGUGUUCACCCAGUUUUAUGAGCCUCUCAGUGAAAUCCUGCUGGCUGACAUUUUCACACAGCUACAGUGGUGUGUCAGGCAAGACAACGAGCAGCUGGCUCGGUCGGGGACAAACUGUCUGGAGAACCUGGUGAUCCUGAAUGGAGAGAAGUUCAGCCCCGAGGUCUGGAACAUCACCUGCUCCUGUAUGCUGGAGAUCUUCCAAAACACCAGCCCUCACGCUUUGUUGACUUGGCGACCGGCUGGACAGGAAGAUGAAACUGCAGAUGGCAAGCAUUUUGAUGCUGAUUUCGACAGCGUGUCCCAGAGCAGCUACGACAGAGCUCUGUCUGAGAGAGGACACAGUCAGAUGUCCAGCGACGACACGUGGAAGGGCAAGUCCAAUGCUAGACUUUCGGACCAGAAGCUGUUUGCAGGGCUGCUGAUUAAAUGCGUCGUACAGCUUGAACUUAUCCAGACCAUAGACAACAUUGUGUUUUACCCAGCAACCAGCAAGAAGGAGGAUGCUGAGAACAUGGCCGCUGCACAGCGAGACGCUCUGGAGGAGUCGGAGGCUGAGGGAGGCGAGGCGGGCUCAGAGCAAGGCAUGUACACACACAUGACCUCUGCACACCUCUUCAAGCUGCUGGACUGCCUGCUGGAGUCGCACACUUUCGCCAAGGACUUCAACUCCAACAACGAGCAGAGGACAGCGUUGUGGAGGGCAGGCUUCAAAGGGAAAUCUAAGCCCAACUUGCUGAAGCAGGAGACCAGCAGUCUGGCCUGCAGCCUGAGGAUCUUGUUCAGGAUGUACUCUGACCUCCAGCUGCAGGCCUCGUGGCCGGACAUCCAGAUACGCCUGCUGCUGGUGUGUAGUGAAGCUCUGGCCUACUUCAUCAGUCUGACCUCAGAGAGCCACAGGGAGGCUUGGAACAGCCUGCUGAUGCUGCUGCUCACCAGGACGCUACGGCUGCCCGAUAACAAGUUCAAGCCCCAUGCGUCCUGCUACUACCCCCACCUGUGUGAAAUGAUGCAGUUUGACCUGAUCCCAGAGCUGCGGGCCGUCCUCAGGCGCUUCUUCCUGCGCAUCGGCUCCGUCUUCCACAUCGCUGCUCCCGAGGGGACGGCGGCCCGAACUCCUGCAUCCUAGAACGAGCGGGGGCUGGGUACCGCGGAUGGAGCAAUGGCGGGCGGAUGUUAGUAACAGGUGGACACAUGGGAGAACUUAUCCCCUCUUCUGGACUGGAACCGAUCACAGAGGGUGAUGACAAUAAGACUGUAGCUCUUCGGUGGCGGUUCAGGAGUCUGCAUCACAGUGUUCAGCUUUUCUACUGCACUCAGCUUGCAGAGAAGUCUUUGCCCUGUCCUUCCUCCCUUCUGUCUCUCGGGGGUGAACAGCACUGUGACCGGCGCUCUCUGCUGACUGUUGUCAUUCAUCAUCCCCCUGACACUCAUCUCAACUUGUAAUGACAAGAAAAGAUCUGUAAACAAAUAAUUUAUUGUUAUUGUACCUGAUUUUGACUUUUUUUUUUUUUUUUUUUUUUUAAAUACUUAACAAAACAAGUAUAAGUACAUGCUGAACGCAAAUGAACAAUACUGGUGAAUUCGAUGAACUUUACAUUUGCGGCUUUGCGGAAAAUCUCUCGGCCACCUGUGCCUGUCAGAAAAUGAUGACGCCAUCAGUGUCGCCCUUAAUGUGAGUUUGGUGAUCUAAUCGGAAUACGUUGUGAUAACUUGUGUAUCGAUGCCCGUCCCAAAGCAUUGUUUGUCACUUUUAAUGUCUGUGUUUCCUCUCAUGUGUGUGUUAUUCAGCAGCGGGCUAUUACCAUUUUUAAAGAGACUUGAAACAACUCUGCGUCUCUUAAAACACUAUCAAAGAUCUACCGCGGCUUUCUUUGUGACGUCUCUGUGACACAGCCGUCCUGUCUUCUUUAUAAUUCUUUGUCAAUGAGAUUUUUACUUAUUUAUUUUGCUCACUUGCUUUAAUUUGAUUCAUGAUUAUUUGUUCAGGAUAAUUGCUGGUUUACAAUGAAAGGGUUGGUUGAAAAACUGCCUACUUCCCUCUGCCAUGCAUUCCUUUGUUCGUUGGCCCAGUAAGCCUUACAUUGAAGGGCUUAACAUGGAGUCGACUCCUCCUUGCUUUAGAUUUACAGCUGGCUCAUAAAAUCCUCCACUAAUCCAUCAGUUGGGCCUGUAAGGUGACACAGUGGUUGUGUAUUUCCCACACUCUUUUGCACAUCUGUUGCCUGACGUUUGCUCAUGUAUUAAUGCCAUGCAGUGUAUCAACUGGCCCCGGGCGGUCAGAACGCCCGUCGGUGCCGACGGUCAGAGUUCAACCACGGAGAGGUUCAGGAACGGAGCGAAAACCAAAACUCGCAUCUACAGAGUGGAAUCUCUGGAUCCUUAGUAGUUUAUUCCAUGCCUUUUUUAAAAGAAGGAUGUAUGUAAUUAUUUAAAGUGCAUUUAAAUAUUUUUUGAGAAGCAUUCCUUCCCUCGCAACUAUGGAUGUCUACUUUUCUUCCCUAAAGCUAG